AUGACCACGGAAAACUUUGCAGUUCUAUUAAGGGUUACAUCCGAAGUUAAAAAAGCAUUAAAGAGGAAAAAGUCUGAGUCCUGGAAAAAAUUUUGUGCUUCAGUUUGUCCUCAAACCCAUCCAUCUAUAGUUUGGCGUAACAUACGUAGAUUUCGCUCGGCUUUUGCUGAACCAUCUAUCUGUAGUCUAUCUUUAGAUUUAGCCGAAAAGUUCAUGGAUAACUUAGUUCCAACAUCAGUAAAAGAGUUAUUAAUACUUUCACCGUAUCAAAAUAAUUCCGGUUUAAAUUCUCCAUUUUCUAUGCAUGAGCUAAAAGGAAUCCUUGCUAAUCUUAAAGACUCUUGUCCUGGUAAAGACAAUAUUCCGUAUUCUUUUAUAGCCAAUCUUAGUGAUAAUACUCUAAAUUAUUAUUUACAAAUUAUAAAUUCUGUCAUGUUGACAGGUAAUAUUCCUCCAUCAUGGAGACAACAAACAGUAUUGCCAUUACUAAAACCGAAUAAAUCGCCUGCCGAUGUAUCAUCUUACCGUCCGAUUAUUCUUUCUACAGUACUAGUUAAAAUAGCUGAACACCUAUUGAAAAAUAGAUUAGAGUGGUUAGUUGAGAGCAAGAACCUUUUGUCGAAUAGCCAAUACGGUUUUAGGAGGAACAGGAGCACAUUGGACUGUAUUGGAAUUUUAACGUCAGAUAUCCGGAUAGCGUUUUCCGAUAAUGAAUCAGUUGGGGCGGUCUUUCUCGACAUAAAGUCAGCGUACGAUAAUGUUAAUUUAUCAAUUUUACGUGAUAAAUUAAUUGAUUUACAAAUCCCUUUAAUGCUUACCAAUUUUAUUAUAAAUCUGUUUUCUGAGAGAUAUUUAAUACUUCAUAUAGAUGAUACAACAAUUGAAAGAACAGCGAUAAAAGGCUUACCACAAUGAAGCAUAUUAGAUUAUGGAACUUUUUUGUUGGAGCCAGGCAAUGCUAGCGCCUUUCGGAAAUUGGAUGGUAUUCAGUCAAAAGCCUUACGAAUAAUUUCUGGUGCCAUGAGGUCUAGCCCUAUAUGCGCGUUACAGGUUGAAUGCAAUGAUCCUCCAUUACACCUUCGUAGACAGUAUUUAGCCGACAGAUAUUUUUAUAAGGCCGUUCAAUUGACGAACAACCCCGUUAUAGAAAAAUUAAGAAUUUUGUCAGAAAAGGUAAUUACAACUAGUUAUUGGUCUCAUAAGAGACUUCCACCACUUGUUAAAACCUUUAAUAGAUAUAAAGCUGAAGACAUUCCUGUUCAUCACUUCCAUAUUCCUCCUAUCUUUAACACAGAUUAUGAUGCUUUAUCUAUUAACCCUAAUAUAAUUUAUAACCUCCACAUCGACGAUAAGGCUAAUGCAAAUGUCUACUUUAAUGCUAUAGUAAAUGAGACCUGGUACCAGUGGCACAAAAUAUUCACUGAUGCGUCUAAAACCGCACAGCAGGACGUUGGAGUUGGAAUCUUCCACAGCAACUACAAGAUUCAACAAAAAAUACGUCUGCCUCCACAGACUUCAGUUUUUACUGCCGAGUGCCUCGGUAUCUACAAAGCAGUAGAAUAUAUAAGACUGGCUAAACUAAAGCAAACAAUUAUUUUUACUGACUCUUUAAGCUCAUUAUAUGCGCUAGCAAAAUUCCCUUUUAGAUCAAAAAAUUAUCCUUUAAUCUUAAAGACAAGGGAGUUGCUUUAUUUAAGCAUAUUAAAAGGAUAUUCGGUUUCUUUUGCUUGGGUACCUAGCCAUUGUGGCAUAAUUGGUAACGAAUAUGCCGAUUAUCUCGCUCGAGACGCAGUAAAAUGUGGUGAUCUUUAUUAUUAUAAGAACUAUUCUCAUGAUUUAAUUAAUAUGUCACAAACAACAUUACAAGAUUCAUGGUCCAGGUUAUGGGUGGAGAGUAAUAAAUCAAAAGCUAUGUACUAUCGCUCAUUACAACCAACUUUACUUACUAAACCUUGGUUUUCCAAAUUAAGGUUUAGUAAAUUAGUUACUACAAUUUUAAUCCGAAUGCGCCUCGGACAAUGUUUGUACUCCUGAUCGUUUGGCAAAAUAUGGUAUAAUAGAUACGUCCACAUGUGAAUGUGGCGAGGUUGAUGCUGACCCGUCAUGCCAUAAUAAAAGAAGAAGAAGAUCUGUGGGCCAAAUUGAAAUAAUUGUAUCAUGGAAACAGUAUGUCGCUACGUUAGAUAUAGUUUUUGUUCUAGCAACGAAAGUAAAAGAUUUUUUUGUUGUUUUAUCAAUGAACAUGGCAGCGAAACAAAGAAACAUUUUUACCCGCACUAAACCUUUAUUGAACAUAUAUAGCACUGUAGAUCACGAAGGGAAAGAGGUUGAAGUUCGUGAAGACGCGGAACAGUUGGUCAAAUGGCAUGAAAUAUCAGAUGCUCUAGUAGCAGCUGGAUAUUAUCGGGCUCAACUUCAAGGCCUGUCUGCAUUUGAUAAAAUUGUGGGAGGCCUAACAUGGUGUAUAGAACUUUGCGAUAUUGAUGUCGAUAUCAGUCUUUUGUUUGAGGAAAAUCUAACCAUUGGUAAAAAGAUUGCACUUACAGAAAAAAUUGUAAAAGUAUUACCUACUAUGAAAUGUCCAUACAUAAUAGAGCCUCAUCAAAUACAAGGCUUGGACUUUAUAAAUAUUUAUCCAUUGAUCCAGUGGUUGAUCAAAUAUUCAAGUGAAUUUAGAGAAGCCAAGGAAGACGAACUUAGAAAAUUUGCUGUCAUGCAAUAUGAAAAAAAUCAUAUAUUUGAGUCAGACAGGGCAAUGUUCAUGCAAAAAGAAAAAGUACUCAAAAAUAUUGCCAAUAUUCAGAAUUUGUACAAACCAUGCAGAGUUCGUAAAAGGAAGGGUGGCCUUCCCACAAAUGAACUGGAACAAGUGAAUGCAACACUUUCUGAAUAUGAUCAGCGUACACUUAUGCAUGUAUCUGUCAACAAGGAAAACGAUAAAAAUGAUGAAGGCCUUGACUUUUUGUAUGAUUAUGAAAAGACUCUUGCUGAUCCAUCUGCAAUAACAACAAUGACAGACAAAUUUGAAAAGGAUGCAGAUAUUAAUCAGGAUACAGCUGAGACAAAAAUACAUUAUGCUGUACUUCAAUCUGAAUUAACAGGGGAAGUAUCCAAAGAACUUGAAAUGAGUGAAAAACUUAAAUAUGCCGAAGAUGUUGAUAGACUCACAAAAGUUAUUGAUACAAUGGAAAAUGAAAUAGAGAUAUUUAAGCAAAAUCAUGAGACAAGAAUGGAAACUGCCAGAAAUGAAUAUAGCAAUUUGGUGGAUAAAUUGAAAAGAAUCACCUGUAAGUUAAUGGCCUCAGAUGAUCAUAGUGAUAAAAAUGUAAAAGAAUUCUACAAAUCUUUAAAAGAAUUGGCACGAGAGAGGUAUGAACUUCUACAAGUAAUACAACAUAGAGAAAAAGAACACAUAAGGCUGGAAGAAGAAGUAACUGCUGCAAAGGAUCCAAACAGAGAAGUUGUAGAUCAACCUUUGAGUCCUGAAGAACUGAAGGAAUUCUAUCAGCGGGAGGAGAAGUUAAAGUCUUUCAUCACAAACCUUAGAUUAGAAUUGGCCAGGUCGAACCGUGAGGUAUUGAAGUAUACUAUGGCUAUAGAUGAAGUACCCGGAACUGCGGAACUUCUACAAUAUGAGAAGAGAUUUAUGGAGCUCUAUAACCAAGUUGCGUCGAAGCACAGAGAAACUAAACAGUAUUACAUAUUUUAUAAUACACUUUAUGAAGUGAAAUUAUAUACCUCUAAGGAGUUGAGUUUGCUGAAUUCUAUCCUAGAUAAUUAUGAUGAAGCCAUGUCUUCCGCUAGGGCAAGGGAGGAGUUCAUGACACAAUUUGAGUCUAUAGUUGAUUGGGUGAAUCAGACCGUCAAAAAAGUGGAAGAAAAGUAUAGGGCAGAAAAAGGGCGCAAGACAGCACUUCACAAUGAAUACUCACAUCUACUCGAAAUCCAACGCCAAUAUGCGGCAGCUCUGAAAAAGUUGGCGGAAGAGAGACAGAAGAUCACCAGGGAAAAACAUAGUUGA